CUCCCUGUCCACUAUCCACGCCCGAGAGUCCUCACCACGUCUAUCACACUCCGCCCUCACCGCCGCCGCAAUAUCCAUCACCACCGCCAACGCCCUUACAGAUAAGCUGCCCGCUCCACAGGAUGUGGUAGGCAGCCAUCUCUGCCUGGUUCACGUACAGAAUAGCGGAGAUGGCAUCGUGGUUUGGCAAUGCGGCAAACGCCGAACUCGAUGCGCAGAUCGAGCGGGCGACGGCCAGCUCGCUCGAGGAUAUCGCGCUCAACCUCGAGAUUAGCGAUGUCAUUCGCAGCAAGACAGUGGCGCCUCGCGAGGCCAUGCGCAGCCUCAAGCGUCGCAUCGGCCACAAGAAUCCCAACGUGCAGCUCGCUGCCCUCAGCCUGACAGACACAUGCGUCAAGAACGGUGGCUCCCACUUCCUCGCCGAGAUUGCCUCGCGCGAAUUCGUCGACAACCUCACCAGCCUUCUGCGCGGCCCGCCCGGCACAACGAACCACGACGUGCAAGCCCGUAUUCUCGAGCUGCUGCAAGACUGGGCUUCAGCCGCACAGCACCGCGACACUCUGAGCUACCUUUCCGAGACAUAUCGCACCUUACAGCACGAAGGCUUCCGCUUCCCGCCCCGAAACAACGUUGCCAGCAGCAUGUUCGACUCGUCUGCUCCGCCUGAGUGGACCGAUAGCGACGUGUGCAUGCGCUGCCGCGAGAAAUUCACCUUUACGAAUCGAAAGCAUCACUGUCGGAAUUGCGGCAAUGUCUUCUGUGGCACUUGCUCGAGCAAGAGUCUCCCACUGCCUCAUUUGGGCAUUGUGCAGCCCGUGCGCGUGGACGACGGCUGCUACGCAAAAUUGGUAGAGAAAGCCCGGGGUAUGCCACAGAGUCCGCAUGUUGCACCACGAACAUUGUGGCAAGGAUCCAGCGCGGGCUCCGCUACCAUUGCUGAAGCUCCGAACGGAUACGCUGCGGGGGAACGCAUGCAGCCACGAGGCGCCCGCGUCACUGAUGAUAGUUUCGAUGCCGAUUUGAAACGAGCACUUGAAAUGAGCUUGGAGGAGAGUCAGACGCAGAAGGGAGCGGGUUACGUUCCGCAGUCGCAGUCAGCAGCAGCGAGCAAGACGACGACCAAGGCACAGCACAACACGGCACAAGCGGAUAGCGAAGAAGAAGAUGCGGACCUCAAAGCAGCCAUUGCUGCAAGUUUGCAGGAUAUGGAAGCACAAAAGACACGGCAUGCACGCGAGCUCAAAGAGCAAGCGGCUUCGCAGUCAGGGCCUGGCCCGUCACAAUAUCGAGCGAAUUCGCAAUUCGAACUCACUCCAGUCGAAGCUGAGAACAUCAACCUAUUUUCGACGCUAGUGGACCGGUUACAGCAUCAGCCUCCCGGCACAAUUCUUCGCGAACCACAAAUACAGGAGCUGUACGAAAGUAUCGGUACGCUGCGUCCGAAGCUCGCGCGCACGUAUGGCGAGACCAUGAGCAAGCAUGACACACUCCUGGAUCUCCAUUCAAAGCUCGCCACCGUGGUUCGCUAUUACGACCGCAUGCUGGAAGAAAGAAUGGCGAGUGCGUACAAUUCAAGCAGGUACCACGCUUCCUCACAUGCGCCAGCAAUGUAUUCUCAAUAUCCUCAGCUCAAUCCUGUCGGCGGGGACACGCAAUACGGCGCCGAAAAUUACUACAGUAGUAAUGCUCCGCCUAUGGAUUCAUAUCAUCACGUGCCGCAACGGAAUGCAUACGCUGAGCCGCAAACACAGUCAGCACCCUAUCCUUCGUUUGAUAGGCAGCGCGUGCCUUCCUACGAGCAGCAGGCUACGGAGAGUCUGUACCGCACGGACCAACCUUACCAAAGUCAGCCCGAGAAUGCCGCCCCUGUCGAGCACUAUGUCCCCCAGCAGCAACAUAGCCAUCAUCCACAAGCACCAGCCCCGACACAUCUCCAAGGAGACCCGGCGGCUAAUUUCUAUCGUGACGGCCAUCAGCAACAGCCCCCACAAGCUCCGCAACAGCAGCCACAUCCGUCACAUCCAGUACAACCGCCGGAGCAGCCUUCGCAGCCUCCAUUGCAGCGGCAGCCCUCGCAGCCAUCGCAGCAAUACUACUAUCAGCAAGCGAUGCCACCCCCGCAGCAGCUGACAGCUCUGCCCAAUGCGCCACAGCACGCUUUACCGGUGAAGGAAGAGAGCUUGAUCGAGUUGUGAGCUAGCGCAGCAAAUAGAAUGCGUCAAAACCUGACCCAGCGCUUUCAUGUCACCAUGACUUUUCCUUGUGUCUGUUUCCCUCGCAAUGACUCCAACACGUCUUGACGUGCCCGUGGCAAGCUGCGGCAAUUCGUCCUCGUCAUCGCGGGGUCCAGUCACGAUGAGGUGCUCAUUGAAGCCGCUCAGAUCGACUGCCGCAUUUCCAAUGUAUAUGUGUUCAGGCCCGACAUAUGAGCCGAGCUGUUAUCGAGAUGAAUCUGGCAUUGAGACUCGUCUCCCUGCCAAUCUAGGAGAGGACAUGCUUGAUAUACUCCAAAUAU